AAGAAGCUAAAAAAAUGGUAAAUUCACGCCGGCAACAUGUCUCAUGGUCGAAUCUUCCCAGAAAAAUCAUCUAGAAGAUAUCAAAUCACCUCAAAACUCGAAAACAAAUCCUGAAAUUCAACCAUAUUUGCAGCAACUGGAGAAAACACUCUCUUCCUAUCCCUGUAAACAUUUUAUCCCCUACUCUACCUCUAUUCAUUCCCAUUUCCUCCAAUUCUAUUAAUCUUCCAUUUCACAAUUCCACCCUCCCUUUAAUUCUUCAAGUUAGCUCUAUUUAUCUGAUCACACCUUCUCAACUUUCUCCUGUUUCUUUGAAACCAUGGAUGAUCAUGGCGCAAGAAUCGAACCCGGGAAAAAUCCGACUUUGUCAUCCUUUCACAGCAAAACGGGUCAACAAUUUCCCACUUUCUCUCGACUUGAAUUUGUUCCGAGUUUCUGAGCUUGUUCAUGGGUAUAAUUUCAAGUACUCAGACGAUUGUGUUCACAAAGUUUUACUCUGUUCAUCAACUUCUUCUUCUGUAGAAAUCAUGGUGUUGUACUCUCAAGGAUUUUUAGGAAAGCUCACUGUAAAAACACCAAAAACCGAAGCUAAUAGCGAGGAGCAUGAUGAUGAGAAGGAGUAUUGUUGGGAGAAGUUAAAACGACGCCAAAGGGGUGUAUCUUGGUGUUUUUAUUUGGAUGAUGUAGUACAUUUUAAGGAUAUGUUUUGUGCAGUAGACAGAAAAGGAAGGCUCUGUGUGCUUAACGUCGAGACAAUGGAAGCAACAAGUGUAUUGGUGUCGAAACCGAUUUGCUGGGGGUAUAUAUCUAACCAAAGGCGAAAGCGGUUGGUGGUGGACUUGGUGUUAGGGGAGCUUUAUCUUGUCGUACGAGACUGUGAUUGGGUGAAAGUUAGAUUCAUGGUGUAUAAGUUUAAUGAACAUUGCAAAAGAUGGGAUGUAAUAGAGCAUUUAGGAAGUGAGAGAUUUAUAUUUGUAGGUGUUGAUCACUGCUUCUUUGCAAGAGUUAAGGAUUUUCCUGAGUGUAAGGGGAACUGUAUUGUGUUUGCUGCGAACUGUUUUACUCGGCGUAAGGGGUUUGAUAACCGUGAUGGAAGGUUGUUUGCGUUGUUUGGUGAUGCGGAUGUCGAAGUUGGAGUGUAUCGAUUAGGCAUAGGGGAUAACUUUAGAUUGUUAUCUUCUGUAUAUCCUGAAGUUUCGAAAUCGAUUUGGCCGCCUCCAACAUGGUUUUCCUUCAAAGGUGAAUGCAACGAUAAUGAGGAGACAGAAUUAGGAUCUUCCAGCAAACAAGCUCCUAAUGAAGGGAAUUCCAGCAGCAUUAGACUUCUUUCAUCAGAUCAUGAAGAUCAGGGGGUGCUCACUGAUUCAUCGAGUGAAAGCCUUUCUGCAGAGGAUAAAGAUGAAGAGAUGCUAGUAGAAUCGUCUAGUCAACAGUCUUUGAAAGUGAGUGACAACAGUGGAACAGACGAUUGUGAGGAGCACGACGAAGAAGAGGCACAAACAAGUUCACCCAAUGAUCAACCGUGUGAUUUUGAAUUAAACUUCUAUGACAUGGUAGAAGCUGCUGCUUCAGAACCUGUUGCUCCGCCAGCAGUGAAGAUUAAUUCUAGCCCUCUAUUGGCAAUCGAAUAUAAAGAACACGAAGUAGGGACUUCUAAGGUUAACAGUCAGAAGGAUGCAGGAAGUUCAGGUCUACAUUCCUCAGGAGAGAAAGUUUGUAAUGCAAGUUCCACGCCUGUGACUCCUUCGACAAUGCCAGCUUGUAAAACCUGUUCAUCAACCUUAAACUUUGAAGGGGUAGAGAUCAAGUCUGAGCUUUUGCCAACCUUACAGACUAUCUGGGCUAAACAUGGUAGUUUAAUCAGUGAAGAUACUAUUUGUAGUACGGACAUGAGAGCUUGCGCCUUGGAGUCAGUGGCAAAGCUCAUGAUUACUCUACAAAAUACUACAGGAAAGACUUUAACUGAUUCCCGAGCUGCAGACAUAAAAUCGAUUUUGUCAGACCUUCAGCGCGUAGGCUUAAAAGUUGACUGGUUAGUUCCGACUGUUGAGAAGGCAUUGGAACUCCAAAAAUGCAAACCCAUGAUAGAAUCCAUUAUGCUUCUAGACAAGAAAAAAGCUCAAGUUGACAAAGAGGAAAAGGAGUUUCUGGCUCGUAUUGCUAAUGUGAGGCAAGAACUAGAAGAUAGUAUGGCUUGUUUGUCUGCUCGAAUUCCUUUCCCGGAGCUAAUUGAUCUUGAUGAAUUUCUCGGAGAUGGACUGAUUUGAUGGGUGUUCGUGACUUGUUUUGCAGUUUUUGGCACUUGUUGGGUAUUUUAGGGAAAGAUAGCACGGUGUUUUAUGC